AAGCAUUCGAAGCGAACACAAGCAAGUGAAGCAACUUGAAAAAGCGUUUUUACAUUGUGAAAAAAGUGGUGUUUUGAAGUGUGGAAAAAAUGGUGAAAGCAAUUGGAAUCGAUCUGGGAACCACAUACUCUUGUGUUGGUGUCUGGCAGCAUGGAAAAGUGGAAAUCAUCGCAAACGACCAAGGAAACAGAACGACCCCAAGUUAUGUGGCGUUUACAGAGACCGAAAGACUCCUUGGAGAUGCAGCCAAGAAUCAAGUAGCGAUGAAUCCCAGCAACACAGUUUUCGACGCGAAAAGACUAAUAGGAAGGAAAUAUGACGAUCCAAAAAUUCAGCAAGACAUCAAACAUUGGCCCUUCAAGGUUGUUAAUGAAAAUGGCAAGCCGAAAAUCCAGGUUGAGCACAAGGGGGAAAAGAAAAUAUUCGCUCCUGAAGAGAUCAGCUCGAUGGUUUUGACGAAAAUGAAAGAAACGGCAGAGGCGUAUCUUGGGGAAAAAGUGAAAGAUGCUGUAAUCACUGUACCAGCUUAUUUCAACGAUUCUCAAAGACAAGCCACGAAAGAUGCCGGAGUCAUCGCUGGGUUAAACGUUAUGAGGAUUAUAAACGAACCAACAGCUGCUGCUUUGGCUUAUGGUCUGGACAAAAAUCUGAAAGGCGAAAGAAAUGUUCUAAUUUUCGAUCUGGGAGGUGGAACAUUCGAUGUCUCCAUUCUAACAAUAGACGAAGGAUCUCUGUUCGAAGUAAGAGCUACAGCCGGUGAUACACAUCUAGGUGGUGAGGACUUCGACAACAGAUUGGUGAAUCACCUGGCAGAAGAAUUCAAAAGGAAAUACAGGAAAGACCUUCGAAGCAAUCCAAGAAGUCUCAGGCGUCUAAGAACUGCAGCAGAAAGAGCCAAACGUACAUUGUCAUCGAGCACGGAGGCUACGAUUGAAAUCGACGCUUUGUAUGAUGGAGUUGAUUUUUACACGAAAAUCUCGAGAGCUAGAUUCGAAGAGUUGUGUUCAGAUUUAUUCAGAGGAACUCUUCAACCGGUCGAGAAAGCUUUAGCUGAUGCUAAAAUGGAUAAAGGAUCCAUCCACGAUGUCGUCCUAGUCGGGGGAUCUACAAGAAUACCAAAAAUCCAACAGCUACUCCAGAACUUCUUCAGUGGCAAGCCCUUGAACCUAUCCAUCAAUCCGGAUGAAGCAGUCGCUUAUGGAGCAGCAGUCCAAGCUGCGGUACUCAGCGGUGAAAACGAUUCCAAGAUCCAAGACGUACUUUUGGUUGACGUGACUCCUCUAUCACUUGGAAUCGAGACGGCAGGAGGAGUAAUGACCAAAAUCAUCGAGAGAAACGCGAGAAUUCCUUGCAAACAAACUCAGACAUUUACGACUUACGCAGAUAACCAACCAGCAGUUACCAUCCAGGUUUUCGAAGGUGAAAGAGCCAUGACCAAAGACAACAACUUGCUGGGAACGUUCGAUUUAACUGGAAUUCCCCCUGCGCCACGUGGAGUCCCAAAAAUUGAAGUCACCUUCGAUCUCGAUGCAAAUGGAAUCUUGAACGUUUCCGCCAAAGAUACGAGCUCUGGAAAUUCGAGAAAUAUCACAAUCAAGAAUGACAAGGGUCGUCUCUCCCACAAUCGCAACCACAUCGAUAAGAUGGUUGCUGAAGCAGAAAAAUAUAAAGAAGAAGACGAGAAGCAAAGGCUUAGAAUUUCAGCCAGAAACCAACUAGAGGGUUAUAUUUUCCAACUGAAACAAGCUGUAGCCGACUGUGGAGACAAACUAAGUGCUGAAGAUAAAGCUACCGUUGACAGAGAAUGCCAGAAUUGUCUCCAGUGGUUGGACUCCAAUACUCUGGCGGAAAAAGAGGAAUACGAAGACAAACAAAAACAGUUGACAUCCAUCUGCGCUCCGAUCAUGACAAAACUCUACAGUGGAGGCGCAGCUGGUGGAAAUGGGUUCAACGGUGGAAUGCCUGGAAAUUGUGGACAACAAGCGGGAGGUUUUGGCGGCAACAGAGGUCCUACCAUCGAGGAAGUUGAUUAAUGUACAUAAUUUAUUGUUAGCAUUUUAAGAACACUGAAAAAGACUGAUUUAUUUUGUUAAUUUAUUUUGUUAAUAAAUAUUUUUACCC